AUGUCCAACAGCAUGAAGCCCACGACAGAGACCAACAAGACCGGAAAGCGUAAAGGUACUAGGAGUGUAUCUACACUUACUCCUUCGCAGCUCGCUCGAAAGCGUGCCAACGACAGAGACGCUCAAAGAGCAAUUCGUGCCAGGACGAAAGAACACAUCGAAAGCCUAGAGAGAGAGAUAGCUGAGCUCCGCAGCCAUCAAGACCGAGAUCAGACUAUUCAAACGCUCCUCCGGAGGAAUAGGAGCCUGGAGAAUGAACUUCAACACCUCAGAGAAAGCAUGGGCAUUCGUGCUGCUAACACAAGUGAACCAUACCACCCUGGUCAGCACUUCAUCCCAUAUUCGGCGUGGGAUGUAGCAACUGACCGUCUUAUAGUAUUCCACAGUUCUAGCCCUCCUGGGCCCUCAUCUUUCGGGCAGUCUGCGCCCAACUUCCCCAUGAUGCAGAAUAUCUCUCCUUACAACAAUAUGCCCGAUACUACAGAAGCUUGGCCAGCAACCGCACCAUGUUCCCUCCCAUCCACAGUAUCUAGUCCUGUUUCCUCUGUUGGUACAGAUGAUUUCGGAGGCAAUUGCAUUCCUACUAGCACUCCCACUACGGUCCGCUCUCCUACCAUGUCUUGCGUCAACGGCGAGGGUACCUUUGACGAUUCGAAGCCCGGAUUUGAAUGCGGCUCGAUCAACAUCAUGCCUGUCAGUGCAUCUUACAAUUUUCAACCGUGGAACGUGUACCAAAUGCCACAAUACCAGCCUCAACAGGCGACACUCGGGCACAACUCACCUAUACCCCAGAUUGGGAGAUGCACCUUCUAA